AGAAAGAUACGAGAAUAGGAAGAGUUUCGGAAGAGAGAAAGUUUAUCAAACGUAUCGAUAGUAAGAAGAUUCAUGGUAAAAGACGAAGUUGCACGUAGACGUUAAGUUUCGAAGAAACGAGCUCGAUCGUAAAAGUUGCAAACUUUGAAAUCGCUCGGCUUGAACGGGACACGAUGGUGAAAAUAAGAGCAAGAUAGAGAGAAAGAGUGUAAGAGAGAAAGAGAAAGAAAGGGUAAAAGAAGAAGAGAAUGAGAGAGAGAGAGAGAGAGAGAGAGAGAGAGAGAGAGAGAAGGGAAACUAUACUACUAAAUAUGAAUCAUAAAAGAAGCAUAAAGAUAAUUGUAUGCUAAUAGGGCAAGCGUAUGCGGAGCAUCGUCCACGAAAGCACAACGUCUUCCGUUAUUACCUAUACCCCUUGUAUAUUACAGUGAACAGGGACAAGGAAGAAGCAAGAGACAUCGAGGGCAGAAUACCGAUUCGAUCCUGGGAUCUUCUACGCUCGAUCUAACACCAUAGAUUUUCCUACUAUCUCGAUUUUGAUAUUUAUCAGGAAAUUCCAAUACGACGAUAACGUCGACGACGACGACGACGACGACGACGACGACGACGACGACGGCGGCGACGACGUCAGCGACGACGACGAAACGAGGCAACAAACAUGACCGCAGAACACGAGAACGAGACUAGGGUUAGAUUGAGAAGGACCAAGAGCGUCACUCAUGCCGAGGAAAUCCAAAAGGCUGAACAACGCGUUAGAAAAUCCCAGCCCGAUAAACCAUGUCAUCGGCCAAGAGACAGUCUCUUUUCAUGGAGCUCAGGUUUCGAUAACUUUACGGGAUUCGUCAACUGGGGUUUCCUCAUGCUUGGAAUUGGUGGAAUUCGUCUGCUUCUUGAAAAUUUUAUCAAAUACGGGAUAAGAGUGGAUCCAAGGCAAUGGUUUCUAUUCCUGAGCGGCAAGUACGACGGUGGUGAAGAGCAUCCUUCGAUUUUGCUGAUCGUUUAUUCCACCGUGCCUGUGACUCUUUGCUUGUUGAUCGAGAAGGGAAUGUCUUUGGAUAUCAUAUCUCAUGGCCCAGGAAUGGUGUUCCACAUCGUAAACCUCAUCGUGAUGGUACUGAUGCCGAUGGUGGUCAUCCACGUGAAGGAUUCCGGAUUCAGCCUGAUUGGCGCCAUGUACGUCUGUACUCUCUACGCUAUUCUAUUCUUGAAGUUAUGGUCGUACAUACAAGUGAACAUGUGGUGUCGUAUUAGUCGUGGAAAAACAUCAGGUCAAGGUAGAAUGCGUCGACAAUCCUUGUCUUAUAAUAACCUUCAAUCAACGAACGUGAAGCAAAACGGUGUGAAAAGCGACGACAUCGGGCACGAAGUGAACGGUUGUGGCAUGGCGUUGGUGCAAUAUCCAGACAACCUGAAUUUCGGCGACCUUUAUUACUACAUCCUGGCACCCACGCUCUGCUACGAAUUAAAUUUCCCUAGGACCCAGAGAAUACGGAAGAGGUUUUUGAUAAAGCGCAUCUUGGAGGUCGUCGUUGGCUGUCAAGUUGUCAUGUCACUGUUCCAACAAUGGAUGAUCCCUUCGGUAAAGAAUUCGCUUAUACCAUUCAGUAACAUGGACGUUGCUAAGGCCUCCGAACGUCUUCUCAAAUUGGCGAUACCGAAUCAUUUGAUGUGGCUAUGCUUUUUCUACCUGAUAUUUCACUCGUAUCUCAAUUUAAUGGGCGAAUUGUUACACUUCGCCGAUCGAAAUUUUUAUUGCGAUUGGUGGAAUUCGAAUAAUAUCGACACGUUUUGGAGAAGUUGGAAUAUGCCGGUACAUAGAUGGGCCGUACGACAUCUUUAUAUACCGGUAGUCGAGAUGGGUUACAGCAAAACGACGGCCUCGGUUACGGUCUUUUUUAUAAGCGCGUUCUUUCACGAAUAUCUUGUCAGUGUACCAUUGAAAACGUUUAAAAUUUGGGCAUUCAUGGGUAUGAUGGGUCAAAUGCCGUUGUCCGCGUUGAGCAAGCUGGUCGAGAGACAUUGGGGCGCCAGGUGGGGUAACAUCGUCGUUUGGUCGAGUCUCAUCAUUGGACAACCCCUUUGCAUUCUGAUGUACUAUCACGACUAUGUGGUUACUCAUUUUGGGGAGACAUUGCUCGAGGAUUACUCGAUUGUAUAAAAGGAGAAAUUUAUGAAUUGGAAAUACCAAUGAAAGGGUGAAAAUAAUAAGAGAGAGAGAGAGAGAGAGAGAGAAGGUAUCAUUCAAUAAUUUUAAUUGACACUC